UAUAAACUAGACUUUAUACGAAGCGGGCCGCAGUGGACUGGUAUAACUAUCGCCUCCGAUCCCCGAACAUUGGAAUCGUCAUCGCCCAUCUAUUGAGAAAGUUCAAAAGAAUAAGCAGACAAAAUGUCUCAUGGCGGCGGCAUGAGCAUGGACGACUCGUCCUGCACGACUCAUAUGUUAUGGAACUGGAACACCAUCGGUGCCUGUUUCUUCGCGGAAUCAUGGAAAAUUAAGACCGAGGGGAUGAUGGCAGCGACCUGCAUCGGCGUGUUCCUGCUAGCGAUACUCCUGGAGUUUGUCCGCCGACUGGGCAAGGAAUAUGACGACCUCAUUCUUCGCCAGUUCCAACAGCAUGCCGACGAGCGGGCUGCCAUGGCGAAGUUAGAAGAUAAUUGCUGUUCGGCGGAGACUCGACUAGCUGGUCAGACUGUGAUAUUCAGAGCGACAGCGCUGCAACAGUUAAUCCGCAGCUUCAUCCAUGCCGUAGCAUUCGGAAUAGCGUACAUCCUGAUGUUGAUAGCCAUGGCGUUCAACGGGUACGUCAUCAUCCUCAUCAUUGUCGGCGCCGGGUUUGGAAAGUUUCUGUGCGAUUGGAUGACAGCCAGAGUAGUGGUAGGAGUAACAGCCAUGCCGGCAGCAAAGACUGUCGGGGUCAGCGAAGAGGCGACUGUGUGCUGCGGUUAGAUAACUCUUUAAAUUGUACCCCGUAGCUUUUUGGCGCGAUAAUGAUGAUGACGAUGAUGAAUGAUUGGCAUGUUUACGUUGGCAUGAUACAGCCUCCCAUGGUGGCGGGAUUACGGUCAGCGUUCUUUUCCUGGUAGCAAGUAUAAUUCGGAUAUUUUUCUGCUUUCUUCAGUAUAUUCCAUGUCUAUUGCCAAGACCUUUGCAGUCCCGCGUCUAUUCGAAGAUGUAGAUCCUCUGUUUGAAGCCUGAAAUCUUGCUUUGCUUGAAGUACCUACAUAAGGUACAUACCUAGG